AUGAGUCCCAGCACGACCGAGGGCAGCCAGCCUCUGCCUGCGAGGUCCACCGUGGCGCAGAGAAAACAAGCCAACGAGCUCAGAAAGACUCUGAAACCCUUGUUGGAGAAGAGAAGACGCGCACGCAUCAACGACAGCCUCAACCACCUGAAGAGCCUGAUUCUCCCACUUGUUGGUAAAGACAACGCACGCUACUCCAAACUGGAGAAAGCUGAUAUUCUGGAAAUGACCGUCCGCUUCCUCAGAGACCUGCCGUCCAGUCCUGCCAAAGACUCCGCAGACAGCUACAGAGAAGGUUACAAAGCCUGCCUGCAGCGCGUCUCCGCCCUGCUUCCCAAAACGAGCCUGGAUCAAGACGCGUGCCAGCGAGUGCGCGACUUCAUCCAGCAGUCCAUGUCCGCCACCGUCACCCCGACCUGCCUGAACUGCUGCGCGCAGAGCUCCAGGACUUUGCCUCAGAUCCAGCAGAAGCUCCUGAGCCUGAAAUCCAGCUUCGGCUCCAGAGCGGAGAGCCAGUCCCGCAGCAGCGGCGCGGCGGCUCCCCGCAGAGCGCAGUCCGGCCCGCAGCCCUGCGCCGCCGCCAUGUGGAGACCCUGGUAG